GCGCGCGCGCCAACGGCGUGAGGUGAGGGGUCGUGAGGGCGGGCGGUGGUUGAAGAAGAAGAAGAAGGAGGUGGCGGCGGCCCAUGUGGAGCGGUCCCAGGAGCGGGAGGCUGAGCCGCUCGAGCUGCCCGGCCCGAGGAGCCGGUGGAGGAGGAGGGAAAGGCCCAAAUCGAGUCGUCGGGCCCUGCGCGCUGCUAGCGGGGACGCAGGGAACGGGCAGGCCGCGCCAUGAAGGGUAGCCGGAUCGAGCUGGGAGAUGUGACACCCCACAACAUUAAGCAGCUGAAGCGGCUAAACCAAGUCAUCUUUCCUGUCAGCUACAACGACAAGUUCUACAAGGACGUACUGGAGGUUGGCGAACUAGCCAAAUUAGCCUACUUCAAUGAUAUUGCGGUGGGAGCAGUGUGUUGUAGGGUGGAUCACUCCCAGAACCAGAAGAGGCUGUAUAUCAUGACACUUGGAUGCCUGGCACCCUACCGACGGCUAGGAAUAGGAACUAAAAUGCUGAAUCAUGUCUUAAACAUCUGUGAGAAAGAUGGCACUUUCGACAACAUCUAUCUGCACGUCCAGAUCAGCAAUGAGUCAGCAAUUGACUUCUACAGGAAGUUUGGCUUUGAGAUCAUUGAGACGAAGAAAAACUACUACAAGAGGAUAGAACCCGCAGAUGCUCAUGUGCUGCAGAAAAACCUCAAAGCCCCUUGUCUUGGCCAGAACGCAGAUGUGCAAAAGACCGACAACUGAACAAAACCCCAAUGAACACUUUCUUGCACUUGCUUGUCGCCAAAUAAGGAAAGAGAGGCCUAUUGAUAAUUUUUUUUUUAAUUACACACCUUCAUUGUCAUCCUCUUAUUUUUAAUUUUUUUUUUUAUCUUGACCUCUCUCCAACAAAAUGUAAUGCUUCUUCCAAGGAUUGUCAGAUCAUGUUUGGGGUUGUUUUUUUUUUUUUUUAAGGUGUUUUUUUUGUUGUUGUUCUGAUUGAGGUGGGAAGAGGUGUGCAAAUCUCUUUAGUUUGAGGUGUGAAGGGCUUGAGCAGGGUAUCCUGAUGACAGGUUUCCUUCAGAGAAUUCUUUCGAUAAGCAGAAUGUAAAUCUGAGGGGGAGAAAAGGAAAAGCAAUAUCUUGUCCUUUUGACUUCUGUAUUAUUUUUAUAACCAACAGGGUACUUUACUCCCCCAGCCUUUGAGUGUUAUUUCAGUACUUCCCACUCUUCUUCCUAGUUCCCCCCACCUCAAGAAAGUACGUAGUUCUUCCCAAUAUUUUUGAGUAUGGCUUUUUCCUCCAUCAUUUGCUGAGAAGGGCAGGCUACUUUACCAUACUUUUUCACUCUGCCUAGGCUGAUAUUUUUGAAUGUUGUGGGUUUUUUUUUUUUGUUUUUUUGUUUUUUUUUUUUUUUUGUUUUGUUUUUUUUUUUAAAUCUCACCCAAGCUGGUGCUACAUUUCUUAACUGACUGAGAGGAGGGUUUAGAGUGGACUUUGGUUUUCCUUAUCUCCAUUUAUCACAUUCUCAGCAGAUGACUGACAGAGUAAGAGCUAGAGCUAACGUUGGCAGGAGUAAACCUAUAAAAAAAAAAAAAAAAUCCUGAGGCAAGAUCCUUGCUUUAAAAUUGGGUGAAGUGCUGUAGGGCUCAUUGAGAGUUUUAUCUGUACUGUUGGAAUGGGAAGAGUGACUGUAACCACUUCACCCAUAUUGAUCAUGUAAGGCAAACACCUGUCUCCAGAUAAACUUGCUACAGAUGCUAAACUUGUGGUGACAAAUCUGAAAUGAGUCAAGGGUUGAAGAAACUGGGCAGCAAGGCUGAGAAGGCAAACAAGAAUCUGACCCCCAUCACACUGCUUUGCAGGAGUCUCCUGGAUUUUUUGGGGAUUGGCUUGGCUUGCUGUGUUUAUGUGCUUCUUCAGAAGAAGGUGGUUUAAAAACAGUAUGGUUUGCUCUUUUGAAGAUUCUUUUCCUUCUACCCUUCAGCCAUAAUAAUGCAGUUCUCCUCUCUUCAAGUGGUGUUUGUGGAGCACUGGAGAGAGCAGUGUGUACUAGACCAAUUUGUGGGUUUGGAAAAUAGGCUGAAUGGCUUCUUCCUGGUGCUGUAACCUCAGAAAAGCUACAGCAAACUCUAAGCUCUGCUUUGCAUCCUAUAAUGCUUUCUUUGCAUGAAUCAGUGCUCCUUUCAAUGCACUGUUGCCAGCAAUUCUGUGUAUGCCAAUACAGAUACCAGCUUAAGCUUGGACUGUUCUCCAAGCAUCUGGGGAAGUGCACUGAGCUGAGACAACACCACCCUGCCCUGUUUCCCAAGUAGAUAUUGAACUGCCUUCUUUUCCUGUUUGUUUUCUUUUAAAGUUUGAACCUGCAUCUUGAAUUCAUCUGCUUUGAAAGCCUGCCAACCUCUAGUGCGCAUUGCAGCGUACAUCUUGUUAGCAGGUGCUGUCCAGUCAUUUGAAGGUGAGUUGGGAACCAAGGAUUUCAAGAUGGGAGUUGUGAAGAGGCAAGGGAUGGUACCCCUCAUUGCACACUAUAUGGUCCUUUAUUGCCUGGAGGGGUGACUAUACAAGCUGCUCCAGAAUUGCUACUACUUUCCCAGAGGUGUGUAGUGUUAUUGGAAUGCUUCUUGACAGACCUGUGCUGGAAAAUAGCUAUUCUGUUUGCUAGGUUUGCACUAAUUGAGUCUUGGUGGUGGGCAGGUCACUAACAACAAAAGCCCCUCUGCAUGGCCUGAGCACCUGUGUUUGCAACACUUGGUAGCAGACUCUGGCUAGGAAGCAAAAGUUUCUUUGUCCAGAAGCAACCUAGUUUUGACAAAAGCUUAUUUUUAGUACUGCCAGGACCUGCUUGCACUGGUUAUGUUGGCAGUUCUAUAUCUGUCUUGAGGGGGGAAAUGUAUUGAAGCACAAUUAGCUUGUCAUAUGCCAACAUAGUUUCCCUGGCCAUCUGUAGACCAAACCAAGAGAAGUAUGUGGUGGGAGAGAGAUAGUAUUGUACUUGAGGAUGUUCAUGCAGCACAGCUGUAACUUAGACCAUAGCUGCCUCUGGUGCCAAGCGAAGUGCUCUUCAUUCUUCUAGAACUAAAUGGUAAGUGUUUGGGUUGGGUAGAUGGGUGUGGGGAUAUGAAUUCUUAGGAUUUGCUGUUGUCGUAGGCUUCCACAAAUCAGUGUGUUUUGCAGACAGUUUUCCUUCAGGUUUAAAAGUACAAGUCUGAUGUCUGAACUUACUUGGAGUAACCUUUGUUUCUGUCUCUCUUUGCUUUGGGCUGCCAUCAUUCUAUGAAUGUAUCCCUGAAAACAAUUCUUAGAGCUCCUGUUUCGCAGCAAACCUGCCUCAUUGUAACUUCUGAUUAAAUGUGUUAUAAGAAGUGGAAGUGAGAGUGACCACACACGUAAGACUCCUUUUCCAAUCCUGGAAAACGGUUGUUGAAUCCAAGGUUUAAUCUCGGUCUCUUAGAAAGCUGUGUUCCCUGUACAUGGAUGAAGGAGAGUGCAGGUCAGUAGUUCUGAAUAGCAAACAGUUGUAUUGGUAUAUUGGCCGAGUUGGACAAGAGAAUGCUGCAUCUUAGUACUGUUAUCCAGAGUCACUGAAACUCUGAAGUAUGAGCUUACUGCAGAGAACUUCAGUUACUUCAUAUUUUGCUGCAGCAGGACCUCUUUCUAGCUUGAAAAUAACUGUUUAUGAACAAGUAAACUUUUUUUGAAGUUGGGUGGGAGUUUCAUUGGAGAAAAGAAAAAAAACACGCCAGCACUUCUGUUCUGGAUGAGGAUCUAGUGAGAAAAAGGUAUAUGCAACUAGCAGCUUUAGAGAGUUAACUGUGUAUUUACAUAUUAUUCCUGAAUCUCUGCAAUUGGUUUUGUUGUACGUGGACUGAAGCAUGAUAUCUACAGAGAUACUCCUGCUGGAGGACACCAUGGUACAGGGGGAAAAAGAUUCAUCCAGGAGAGAUAUCCCUCUUUUUUGGGAGGGGGAAGGGAGAGAAUUUAUUUUGUGUAUACAGAAACUGGCUGAGUUUACAUGAUGCAGCUAAUGGUUGAAGUUGCCAACUAAAUAUGACAUACUGUUACAAUUGAAACAAACUUCUGUGAUAUUUUGUUAAUUCUUGAUGGUGCCCUGUGAUGUCUAGUACAAAUUUGAUCUCCUAAACAUCCACUGUUACAUUCUCCCCCAUGUUGUAAUCCAGGGUCAGCUGCUAUGCAUAAAGUCUGUGUUUCUGUAAAGUGUUUGCUGACUUGGAUGUUUCUUUUGAAUCUGCAACUGCUUUCUGAUUAAUCUGGUUAAGACCACCCCUGGUCUCUUGAGUUUAAAUCUAGUUAAAGGUAUGCUGUUUGCAGUUUGCAAUUGCAUUCUCAACGUUACAAAUUAAGUUGCAGGGGAAGCAAAUUCUUUACCAAUGAGUUGGUCCGUUAUUAUCUAUAUCAUUGCCCUUGUACAUCAGAAGCAUGUUUUUGUUUUUCUCAGACUCUUUAGAAAUACUGUUCAGAAUAAACGUGCACUAUUUGAGUUAUGUCAA